AUGCGCCUCUCCGGUCUCCAGAAAGAGGUUCUGGCUCUGUACCGCAGUUGCCUGCGCGAGAGCCGUAAGAAACCCGUCAGCACUCGAGCUCACUUCGAACAAUUUGCUAGGUCCGAGUUUGAUCGGAAUCUCAGGAUAGAAAAGCGCGAUUUCGCCGCCAUUGAGUUUCUGCUUCGCAAGGGUCGGAGGCAGCUUGACGUCUACUCCAAUCCUGGCAUCAAGGAUGUCAGGUGA